UGACCAUCAAAAUCGAAACUGUAAACACGCUGCCUGUCUUUUUUGAGGUUAUGUCAAAACUUCGCAUUUAUUCUGAAUCAUUUCAAUGUAUUCUACGUUAUUUUGAUUGAACUUCAACAAUGUCUCGAUUAAUAGUAAAGAAUCUGCCGAACAAUGUAACUUGUGAGAGUUUGAAGGAGCAUUUUAGUCAGAAAGGAGUUGUCACCGAUGUCCAAUUGAAAUACACCAAGAAAGGCGAGUUUAGGCACUUUGGAUUCGUGGGUUACCAGUCCGAGGAACAAGCCAAGGAAGCUAUUGAAUACUUCAACAAUACCUACAUUCGUUCAGUGCGUAUUGAGGUGCAACCAUGCUCAGAACUUGGUGAUGCCAGCAAACCGAAAUCGUGGAGCAAAUAUGCACCCGACAGUUCAGCCUAUAAGAAGCUGCACAAAGAUGAACUCGAAGCGAAAGCCAGAGAAGAGAAGGAGGCCAGAAAGAAGAAGAAAAAAGAGGCAAAGUUCAAGAAUAAAACAGAGGAAAUGAUAUCUGAGAAGAUGAAAAAGCACAAAAACGACCCCCUAUUCUUGGAGUACUUGGAAGCUCACGGUAAAGACGCGUCGAAUAUUCUGGAAAAAUUGAAAGUAUCAGAAGAUUCCGGGGUUGAAGACGAAGGUGAAGACAACAAAGAAGGAGAAGGAGAAGAAGGAGGAGAGAAAGAGGUUACUGCAGCUACCGCCGAAAUCUCGGAUUUGGAUUAUCUGAAGCUGAAAAUGAAACCAGGCGCCGACGAAAAGGAGAAACUGAAAGAGCUAGUUCAGCAGAAGUCUAAGGAACAGGAGAAAGCGAAAUACUACACGGUGAAGAUUAGUGAACUGCCGUACAAUGUCAAGAAGCCCGAACUGAAAGAACUGUUCAGAGCAUACCAUCCCACUUCGAUAAGGCUGCCUCCUAAGAAGAAGGGCUUUGCCUAUAUUGGAUUCAAAACUGAGCAGAAUAUGAGACAAGCACUGUCCAAGAAUAAGAGUUUUGUUGGAAAUAAACAAAUUCUUGUGAAAGAGUUUAAAGGAGAAGGCGAUAAAGAGGAAACAAAGGAGGAGAAGAGAUUGAGAUGGAAACGUCAAGAAGAAGCUCUAAUGCAAGAGGAGAAUAUUGGAGAAUCAGGGCGGAUUUUUGCCAGAAAUUUGGCCUAUACAGUUAUUGAAGAAGAACUGGAGCAAAUGUUCAGUAAAUAUGGACCAGUUACCGAAGUAACCGUUCCCGUGGACCGGAACACUCGCCAGACAAAGGGCUUUGCGCACAUAACAUUCCUUAUGCCUGAGCAUGCGGUUAAGGCUCAUAUGGAGUUAGAUGGAAAAAUACUACACGGAAGGAUGUUACAUUUGCUACCUGGAAAAGCCAAGCCUAGUAAUGAAGGAGAAGAAGGAGAACAAGAAGGAGGUCAGUACAAGCAGAAAAAGGCGAAAAAGCAGAAAGAAACGGCGACACAUUCGUAUAACUGGAAUACACUGUUUAUGGGCCAAAAUGCCGUCGCCGAUCUUAUAGCUCAGAACUACAAUACCACUAAAGAAAAGGUUCUGAUGGGAGAUGACACGGCCGUUCGUCUAGCUCUGGGUGAAACUCAGAUUGUAGCUGAAACCAGAGAAUUUCUGGAGGAUAAUGGUGUAAAAUUGGAGGCCUUCAAUCAGGCCCCAAAACAUCGUUCGAAGACUGUUCUACUAGUAAAGAAUUUACCAGUAAAUACAACAGCUGCCGAAAUUCGUGAUAUGUUUGCUAAACAUGGAGAACUGGGGAGGAUAGUUUUGCCUCCGUCUGGAGUUACAGGAAUUGUUGAGUUUCUGGAGCCGUCAGAAGCAAGGGCGGCUUUUGUGAAGUUGGCCUACACGAAGUUCAAGAAUUUGCCGCUUUAUUUGGAGUGGGCUCCAGAUGAUGCAUUUACGUCCUCUUCUGUUGCAGCUAAAAAGAGUACUGGUGACAAGGAAGAUGUUGCUGAAAAUGGAGAUAGUGUUAAGAAAGAAGAUAAAAAGAUGGAAGAUGUGGAAGAUGAAGAAGAAGAUGAACCAGAACCGGAUACGACUCUGUUUAUCAAGAAUUUGAAUUUCUCAACCAACGAAGAAACUAUUAAAGAUCACUUCUCGAAAUGCGGCAAAAUAUCUAGCGUAACCAUAGCUCGUAAGAAAGACCCAGCUACGGCUGGAGCACUGCUUUCCAUGGGUUAUGGAUUUGUACAGUUCUAUAAGAAGAAAUCUGUGGACCAGGCUUUGAAGCUGCUGCAACAGAGUCUGUUGGAUGGACAUAGUCUGGAACUGAAACGAUCCAACAAAACGAUGGCUGUAAACGUAGCUGAUGUACGUAAAAAGACCAACGUGGAGAAACAGACCGGUGUGAAAAUACUGGUCAGAAAUAUUCCUUUCCAAGCCACACAGAAGGAAAUCGACCAACUUUUCAGGGUAUAUGGUGAAAUCAAGUCACUGAGGUUACCUAAGAAAAUGGUCGGAACAGGACCCCAUAGAGGAUUCUGUUUCGUUGAGUAUUUGUCCAAAAAUGAUGCCAAGCGAGCAAUGAAAGCCCUAUGUCAGAGCACCCAUUUGUAUGGAAGGCGUUUAGUGCUGGAAUGGGCUCGUGGUGAAGACACUGUCGAUGAUAUCAGGAAAAGAACAGCUGAUAAUUUCCUGACUAAAGAACCAUCUCACCACAAAAGGCAAAAGGCUACUGCAGAUCUAGAGAUUGGUGACAAGGAGGAAGACGAUUGAUUUUAUGUUUGUUAAUAUUAGAAAAUAAUAAAAUGUUUUAUUUUAAUGAA